UGUGAUCCUUCCUCUCUACCCCUCACCAUCACCAAUCGGCCUUGGAAAGACAGCCUGAGCGCCCAACAAAGUGACAGCCACCGCAGCAAUGCCUCUCGAGGUUCCCUCCAAAACCUUCACCCGCGCCGAGGUCGCGAAGCACAACACCGAGGACAGCACCUGGUUUAUCAUCGACACGGUCGUCUACGAUGUGUCGGAUUUUCUGGAUGCCCACCCCGGUGGCGAGGCAGUGCUGAGGCAGGUCGCCGGCACCGACGCGACCGUCGCCUUCUACAACCUUCACCGGCACGAGGUGCUGCAGAAGUACUCCAACCUGGCCAUCGGCACCAUCGAGGGCGAGAAGCAGUCCAUCAUCACCCCAGCGCCCGGCGACCUCUCUCCCGUGCCCUACGCCGAGCCGCUCUGGCUCACCCCGGCCUUCAAGUCGCCCUACUUCAAGGAGAGCCACCGGCGCCUGCAGCGCGCCAUGCGCAAGUUUACCGACGAGUACAUCACCCCCGAGGCCCUCGAGAAGGAGCGCUCGGGCGAGUACAUAAGCCAGGAGCUGAUCGACCGCAUGUCCAAGGCGGGCGUGCUGCACAUGCGCAUGGGCCCCGGCAAGCACCUGCACGGCGUCAACCUGCUGGAUGGCGCCGUCGACGGCAAGGAGUUCGACUACUUCCACGACAUGAUCUGCGCCCAGGAGCAGGUCCGCGCCGCCUGCCGCGGCUUCCAGGACGGCAACAUGGCCGGCAUGGUCAUCGGCCUCACCUGCAUCCUCAACUUCUGCAAGAACCCCGAGCUCAAGAAGAAGGUCACCGACGAGGUCCUCUCGGGCAGGAAGAAGAUCUGCCUCGCCAUCACCGAGGCGUUCGCCGGCUCCGACGUCGCCGGCCUCCGCACGACCGCCACCAAGACGCCCGACGGCAAGCACUACAUCGUCAACGGCACCAAGAAGUGGAUCACCAACGGCGUCUUCUCCGACUACUUCGUGACGGGCGUCAACACGGGCAAGGGCCUCUCCGUCCUCCUCAUCGAGCGCGGCGAGGGCGUCGAGACGAAGCCGAUCAAGACGUCGUACUCGCCCGUCGCCGGCACCACCUACAUCACCUUCGACAACGUCAAGGUCCCCGCCGAGAACCUGCUCGGCGAGGAGAACAAGGGCAUCUACGUGAUCCUCUCCAACUUCAACCACGAGCGCUGGACCAUGGCCUGCGCCACCAUCCGCUACAUGCGCCUCGUGGUCGAGGAGUCCCUCAAGUGGGCCCACCAGCGCAUCGUCUUCAAGAAGCGCCUGAUCGACCAGCCCGUCAUCCGCCAGAAGCUCGCGAAGAUGAUCGCCCUCUGCGAGUCCCACCAGUCCUGGCUCGAGACCAUCACCUACCAGAUGUGCAACAUGUCCUACGCCGAGCAGGCCAAGCACCUCGGCGGGCCCAUCGCCCUGCUCAAGAUGAGCGCCACCCGCGCCGCCCACGAGAUCGCCGACGAGGCCGUCCAGAUCUGGGGUGGCCGCGGCCUCACCCAGACCGGCAUGGGCCGCGUCAUCGAGAACUUCAACCGGACCUACAAGUUCGACGCCAUCCUGGGUGGUGCCGAAGAGGUGCUCGCCGACCUCGGCGUGAGGCAGGCUAUGAAGUUCAUGCCCAAGGCGGUAUUGUAAGGAGAGGUGGGGUAGUAUAUGUAUCCGGUGGUCAGCUAGGCGUUUUUGUGUAUGUAAUAUAUAGAUAUAUCAUCUUGGCAUGGGCAGCUUAUAGGGCAAUCUGAUCCGUGUGUUGGGCAUCACCAUUCAUGUGUUAGCGGUUGAUGACCAAUUGUGUACCCUGCUUCAUGGUCGUCAAUCACGUAGCGCCGGCAACUCUUCGCGAUUACUCUUUUUGCGCACGCACCAGACACUAUUGCGGUCCGCGUCGGUGACCCCAGACCGUCGUCAAUUCCUUUGGAGCCUGAGAUGUAGCCACCAUUCCAGUCCCAUGAUCUAGUCGUUAAUCCGUGACAAGAGAUUCCCAGAAAACCAGACGUUGCA